AUGAAAAUUCGCUUCCGCUCCAAGUGCGCGUCUGACAGAAGGAAGGAUUUCACACCAAGUCGCCUUCUCCCCCUGCUGAACGUUUUUCUACUGAUACUUUUCUAUGUGGUCCUUCAGGAUGAGCAACUGUGCGAGGAAGCAACCGGUGGGAAGACACACCAAAUGGUGACACGUGAAAUGGCGACGCACCAAAUGGCCGCUUACAGAGUGAUGUCUCAUCGAAUGAGGACGCACCGAUUGAGGCCCCACCGGAUGAGAAGCCUGGAUGACGUGUCUAGGAAAGGAAUAAGAGGGUGCAUGGAUGAAGAAACGAUACAGUGGGUAAAAAAUGAAUAUGGGUUGUCGCAAAAGUUGAAAGAUAAAAAUUGUGAGUCAGACGAUGAGUCGAAUGAAACAGGGAAUGGAGCAGUGUUAUCGAUUAGCAAAUUAAGUCCAAAAUAUUUAAAAAAAUUGGUAGGAGAAGUAUAUUACGACAAAAUUAAUGAGUUGCCAAAAAAUAUCAAAGCAGAUGAUCUUUUUUCGACAUGGCAUGAUAUUUAUGGCAUGGAAAAAAAUGAGUUUUCAAGUGUGGAGGAGGACCUGUGGCUUGCCUGUUGUGGAUUAGCUGCAGAGAGGAGAGUUUCAAAAAAAAACAAAAUAAACGAAUGGUUGAGAGUUUAUAAAAAGCUAUCUCAUGAUUUGAUGAAAAAGGAAGUGAACGAUUUUAAUGACUUGCUAAUUUUUAUGGAUAAUGGUUCCUUUACAAAGCUGGACUUUACUCUCUUCGUAUAUUACAAGUCCAUUUCGUGGAGGACGUUCAAGAAGGCUCUCUUUAAAAGGUGGAAAAAAGUUUUGAUUCGCAACCUUGAUGUACACAGAAGGUUAAGUGAGUAG